AUGACCGAACAACUGUGGAUCAAACGGUUUGCCGCCUGUGAAGCCACUUUCCAAUCCCAAAUAGCCUCAAAUUCCGAGAAACAGAAUGCUUGGAGAAAGCAAUACCUGUUGCUGUGCCAACAAACCAGCCUCUGUACGGAUUCCACCCACUUUGCUGUUAUCAAAGAGCAUCAGGACAAGCAGCAAAAACACGAAUGUACCGAACAAACAAUGGUGGAGCGGAUAAAACGAUGCCAGGAAACAAUAAGGACGAGUCGCAGGACGAAAUCGGGGAUUACACGUGCAGGCUACGUGUUCGAAAUGCCCCGGAAUGCAGUUUUUGAGCCGGAAUGCAGGACCUCGUACGAGAGCUGCCGAAAAUUAGAGAUGACCAAAAGUGCCCUGCAAGCUCCUCCAAUGAAAUCACAUCCACAAUCCCAUCCUCUUAACGGCUUAGGCUCUCUCAAACCACAAGGGGCUGUUCCACCAUCAAGGACCAAUUCAGCUCCUUCCAGUAUCAAUAGGCAGCAGGAACCACCGGAGGAUCCAUCCCAAAGCGGCUACGGCUUUCGCACGGCCCGGGAGCAACUAAUCCUGGAUGAUUUGAAGAAAAACAAGCAUCAGGCUGCGAGCAAACCACCCAGUUCAGCCCCAUCCGACAUGAUGAACUUCAGGAAAAAAACUCUGGGUGGAAAACGCACUGUUAGCUCGAACUUUGUUUCGCCCUUGGUUAGCAAUGGGAACUCGACUAGCCCCAACGCAGGAAACAUACCGACCGCCCUGGCCCAUUUAGAUCCCAAGAUGGUGGAGCAAAUUCUCGGAGAAAGCAUGCAUGAUUUCAAACCAGUCGCUUGGGAAGAUAUUGCCGGACUGGAAUCUGCCAAGUCCACAUUCCUAGAAGCCAUUAUAAUGCCACUCCGGCGGCCGGACUUGUUCACUGGGGUGCGUUGUCCCCCCCGGGGGGUGCUCCUCUUCGGACCACCCGGCACUGGCAAGACCCUAAUAGCCAAGAGCAUUGCCUCCCAAGCAAAGGCCAAGUUUUUUAGUAUCAAUCCAUCCUCUCUGACCUCCAAGUGGGUGGGCGAAGCCGAGAAGCUGGUUAAGACACUGUUUGCCGUGGCCGCUGCACAUCAACCCGCUAUUAUCUUCAUUGACGAGGUCGAUUCCCUGCUGUCAAAGCGUUCGGGCAACGAGAACGAGAGUACUUUGCGCCUGAAGAACGAGUUUCUGAUCCACUUGGAUGGCGCUGCUAGUAACGAGGAAAUCCGAAUCCUGGUCAUAGGAGCCACCAACCGCCCACAGGAAUUGGACGAGGCAGUGCGUCGAAGAUUUGUGCGUCGCUUGUACGUGCCGCUGCCAACGGAGGAGGCGCGUCGGAAAAUCGUGGAAAAGAUACUCCGACAGGUGAAGCACAGCCUCGACGCUACGGAAAUAAACGAGCUGGCUGAGCUCACGGAUGGCUAUUCCGGAGCAGAUGUGGACACGCUGUGCCGCUACGCUUCGAUGGCUCCCCUUCGCCUGCUGACACCCGACCAAAUGGAGGUCAUCGAAACGCAUCAGCUGCCCGCCGUCACCAUGAAGGACUUCCAGCAGGCCUUAAGGGUUAUAUCUAAAAGUGUUUCCGCCGAAGACUGCAAGCAGUUUGAGGCCUGGAAUGAUGUGUAUGGCGUACGUCAUUAAGCACAAGGAGGACUUUUUAAAUAGAAUUUUAUUAAUACUUUGAAGUAACGCAUGAACGCUAAGUAAAGUCUAACAAUUAGAUGUGAAAUACAAUUAAUUUCAAUAUAUUUCCAGUGUUUAAAACUCACAGCACAUCAAAAACUACGUUCGUAUACGGCAGAUCUUAAUUACCUA